GAUCGUUAGUGACAGUUUCGGAACAACUCGAAACCUUUUUGCCAGUGUAGUCACAGCGUUAUCUACAUGCAGUUAUAUUUUUCAUCAAAUUGCACCAUGGUAGUAGACUGCAGUAGACCGCACAAUUUCCCAGCUUCAUGCAGUAUGAGCAAAAUUACAGCAGAUCCUAGCGACCAGUAAAGAAGUUCGUGGUACCAGAACUAAGUACCAGAGUAAGACCUCUGUGGUUUUACUCCAGCUCCCCGUUAAAGAGACAGGGCAGGAUUCUCCGGGCUCGGUGUCAUUCAAUGAUUUCCUGAUUCCGAUCAAGCGAUCUCCACUUCUGUGGGAAAACGGCAGCACUGUUGUUAACAGUUUGGACCAACUGACCGCUCACACACGCAGCGUUAGUCUUGUUAAAGGUUUGUUUCUUUACAAUGGCAGAUGACAGGACGGCUGCCCGGGAAAGCGCUUAGCUGGUGCACCAUCAUCAAAUGCAGUCCAAUCUAAAAUCUGGCUGGCCCUCGACUUGCAACUCGGAAAAUAAUAUCGAGAAUUGGAAAAACAACAUGGAUGCUCCUCAGUAUCCAGGCUACCCCUCACACUACUGGUACCCCCAGUCUCAUUCCACAGGACACUAUGCAAAUACCUAUCCAUCUGGAUCAGAUGUUCAGCCACAGUACAAUCCACAGGUAAUGCCUGCAGGUUAUCCAAAUGGCCACGGUGUCUACAGCCCAGCGCAGAAUCAAUACUCAACAAGUGGUUUCCACCCAUCCAACCCGUUCUACUGCGCUGACCCUCAGAGACCGUCUCCAGGCCCGUAUCCUAACCAGGGCUGCCCAGCUGAGCAGAGCAGCGGGCCGUCUGGGCAGCCGCACUCUCAACAUCAGCAUCAACAUCAUCACUAUCCUGGUCCACACUGUCAAGGAGGUCCCGGAUAUCCUGCUGGACCGUACCCUCACUAUAGUGAAAGUGGUCAUGCGAUGCCUCCAACCCCGCCGUACCCCACAGGUCAGGCUCUCCACCCGAAUCCCCAGGCUGAAGCGUGGGCGCACUCUGGUGCGUAUGCGCCCUCACAGCAGCAGUGGCAGCCAGGUCAGCAGCCACCACAGAGCCACUACGUCCGUCCUGCUCACCCUCCAGCAUGGCCAGGGACCGGGACUGGCGCUCCACCACCUUACCAACCCAAGGACCAGCAGCAGCAACGUCCCCCACCCGUGGGACCUAAACCCAGACCAGCCCCAUCCCCGAACCCCCCUAAUGGAAAGCCUGCUGAGAUAAGUUCACCUCCCCAAAUGUACAACAGAACCGGGAGAGGUGAUCCCUCACAAGGUGAGCCCCCGCCCUCGGCCCCAGCCCCAGCUCAAGCUCCGGCUCAGUCUCAGCCCCUGAGCCAGAACCCCGGCUUAGCCAGGGUCCAAGAGGUCAUGGCCAGGGUGCUGCUGCUUCAGGAAGAUGUUGACGAGUUUGUUGGCAAAAAGUCAGACAAGAAUUAUCGAUGUCUGGAGGAACUGCUGACCAAAGAGCUGCUGGUGCUGGACUCUGUGGAGACUCAGGGACUGGAGGCCAUCCGGCAAGCCCGAAAGGAGGCAGUACAGAGGAUCCAGGCCAUUCUGGACCAGCUGGAGAAGAAAGCCUUCUGAACUGGACUUGUUUAUUGGUUUGUGGAUCACUAAGUCUAGCUGUUUUCUUCUUCCAGAUCUUCCAUGGACACAGUGAGGGUCUAUUCUUGUUCCUCUGAGCUGUGUUAUCAAAGGUUUCAUUCCAACACUCUGAUUAUAAAAUGCCUACAGUAAGUGGCGUGGACUCAAGAACAAGAUAGAGCAACUGACUGGUGCAUGGAGUCAACUUCUCUAAAGUGUAAUUAUGCUGGUAUAAGACAUAUGGUGGGAUUAGAUGUGCAGACUGAUGGCUGUACAUAUCAUAAGUGACUCUCGGCCUCAGCGAGAGAGUGUGCUGACUCCACAAAGUGACACUCUCUGUUAGCUCAUCUUUUACGUCAUGCCUUUGCCAGCAUAAUGCAGGGCAGAGUCACUGGAAGACAAAUUUAUUUAGUGCCACAUUACGUCUCCUCUCCAACCUGUGAUUCAGAUUCUCAUCAUGCUGUCCCUCAGGAGCGCGGGUCGGUUUUAGUCCGAUCCUUCGUCUUACAACACGUGCAGUUCGUUAGCCGUCUACUAAUACAUUUCACAGUCCAUGUGCAUGAUCAGGAUGUAGCCCCCGAAACAGUUAGUUGCCCAUAGCCACUUACGUCUCCAUGUGUCUGCAGGAAUAGGUGCAAUGUUUUCCCUUCUCAAGUUGUGCUCCCUGCCCUGCAUGCACUUAAUACAGUCACGACAUCUCCAAGCUCAGAAUUGGACCUAGAAUGUAGCAGAUUAGUGAAAACCCCCUAAAGAUUGCUGUCCCCAUUAUUCCAUCUUUUGGAUGAAUUGCUUCCUAAUUGCGGACCUAGAAUCAGACCUACAUAUGAAUGCCAUGUAUUUCACUCUAGGAACUACUGUUACUGCAGUUACGUAGGAACAAGUUUAAGAAUUACUUGAAAAGCUAUUGAACAUUUCUUUCUAUCCCUUUUUUGAAUACUUAGAAUAUAUAUAGGACUAAGGAAGUGAAUUGUAUUCUCUGAAUUAAGUGUUCAGUGAGUCGCUGCAAAGGAUAUAGGUGAGCUUGUGUUUUAAAGGAACAGUUCCCCACAAAAUCCAAAAACUUCACAGCGCACUUGUAGUGCUAUUUAUCCAUCUAGAUUGUGUGUGUUGCCGAGUUUUGGAGAUAUCUGCUGCCUCUGGAAUAUAAUCAAAGUAGAUGGCACUUGGUUUGUUGUACUUUUUUGACUCAACAGCAAUUUCUCUUUCUAGAAAUCAUGACCCGGUUCCUCAAGAUAAUACCAAGACCUUGUUGUGAGCAGUUUCAUGUCAGAACAAUUUUCUUUCUACUGAACCAGACCCGCCUAACAUAUCAUUGCACAGACAGAAACAUGCAUCUACUCAUGAACAAAGACAGGGUGGGGUGUAAAAGGGCAGAGACAAGCUCAGCUCAAGCUCAGUCUGAGCAUUGCAGCCUCGGGGCGCUGAAGCUUGAAACACAAAAGCUGAACCUUUCUGUUUGGGUUCAUUUCGGCUCCAGACAACCACUGGUUACCAGUUUCCAAACUCUAGCUGAGCAUGUCCAUAUGUAUUGACAUAUUUGUGACACUUUGUCACCUCUUCUCUUCUCUCUUUCCUCCCCCACGUUCCUCCACACAUGCCACGUUUGUUUACUACUGUGGUCAUGGCAACACUCAGAAUAGCUCUAUACUGUCCCCCUGAGGACUGAGUCUGAGUAGAUGGCUUGCUUUCCUCUGCUCUGUGAUGCAGAAGGAAAAUAGUUCUGAUGUGAAACAGCUCACAACAAGGUCUGUGGAUUGUCUUGAGUAACCAGGUCAUGAUAUCUCGAAAGAGACACUGCAGUUGAGUUUUUCAAAUGUGCGUUUCUUUUUUUUUUUUGAAACAAUCAGACAUCCCUUCAGCCGAUAUCUCCAAAAUGUGUCAGCUCACAGUGAAACAGUUUAGAUAAAUGGCCCCUCAGGCAAGAGGAAAGGAGCAGUUUUGAUUUGGUGGUGAAUUGUCCCAUUUAACACUUUCAGUCAUGUUUUGUGCUGACGGUGAUGGUUGCAGCCCUCAGAUCACUUGUUUACUUUGGACCUUUCUGUUUCCUGAAGCACUAACAUGCUUGUUCAAAUCCAGAUUUGCACCCCGAUCCAUUUUCUUGUAUAGAGCAAGUCUUUUUUUUUUUUUUUCCAAUCAUUCUUGAUGUGUUGAUUUAGAAAAAAAAAAGAGUGCCAUAUAUCAGGGGAUGGUUUUAUAUGAAUAGGAAAAAAAUAAAUAAAAAUAAGAUCACAAGCUUUGCAUGAAAAAAGAAACCGUCAUCUGUCACGUGUUCAUUUUCCUGUGCUGGUAAGUUUCUGUUAAAAUGGAGCACAACUGUACAGUCUCAGAUGUAAUGCAUGUUUCCAACACAAGAUGGGAAUCUUUGCCUGAUAAAUAUUGAAAUUAUUACAAGUGAAAAAACAGAAGAGAAAUAAUUAAAUGUCAGUAUAUUUUUUAAA